AUGGCUGCUCUUCAGUCAAAAGAUGACAACUAUAAUUUUAUGAAAGUCAUGGGUAAAGGCACCUUCGGGGAAGUUAGAAAAGCAUGGAGGAGGAGCACUGGUGAACUUGUGGCCAUCAAAACAAUAGGAAAGAACUAUAACAAAAGCUACAUAAUCAAAAACGAGCUCAAGUUGCUGGAGGCUCUCAAGAAGCUGGAUCCAGAAGAAUCUCACAUUGUACACUUCAUUGAGUAUUUCCAAGAUCAGGUAAAUUACUACCUGGUGUUUGAGCUGCUGCAUGAAAACCUGCUACAGUACCAAAAGAAGAUUAAUUUUUCUCCAAUUCCUGUAAGACACAUAAGAACAAUUACCUUGCAGAUUUUGGAAGCCCUUAUGAAGUUAAAAGAAAUCUGUGUUAUCCAUGCAGACCUCAAGCCUGAAAACAUAAUGCUGGUUGACCAUAACAGGUACCCAUUUAAGAUAAAAGUAGUUGAUUUCGGCUCUGCUGGUAUUUUGAAUGAGGUGACACAUGUGAAAGAACCAUAUAUCCAAUCCCGUUUCUACCGAGCUCCUGAGAUCCUGCUUGGAUUGCCUUUCGAUGAAAAGGUGGACAUGUGGUCUCUUGGUUGUGUGCUGGCUGAACUUCAUCUUGGGUACCCACUUUAUCCUGGAAUCAAUGAGUAUGACCAAAUAAGAUAUAUCUGUGAUAUGCAAGGGUUACCCCAAAAUUAUUUGCUUGAUGCGGGUUCUAAAUCCCCGAGAUUCUUUGAACGUCAGACUAAUUGCAAUGGAGAAACCCAUUGGAGAAUGAAAACUAUGAAAGAAUAUCAGUUAAAAACAACUGUGGUAUCAACAGGAAGGCAGGCCGUUUUGUUGAAAUCACUGGACCAAAUAGGGACUGUGAACAUUUCCAAGUCUAGUUUCCCAGAUCUAGAGACCCUUGCUGAAUAUUAUGACCUGAAAACCAUGGUGGAGCUCAUCAAGAAAAUGCUAGUUUGGGAUUCCCACAAGAGGAUAACAUCUAUUGCAGCUACGAAACAUCAUUUCAUUUCCCUUCAGCAUCUAAACAUAAUCUACAGAAAUACAAGGUAUUACCAGCUGUCACGGCAGUGUCCAUACGAGACCACGAAGAACACCCAACAAUAUGAUUACAAUUUUCCAUCUGCAGGUCGCCACUAUCUAUUCUGUCCUAAUAAUAGCAAGGUGCAAGAUGUACAACAUGUGCACGUCACUGAGGAAGUCCAAAAAGCCAAUAAAAACAUGAAUGGUUUACAUGCUCAGGCCAACCGCCCUCACUGGGAACAGGAAAAGGAACAAUUAGCAAGUCAUUCUAAUAAUAGACACCCAAAAUGUCCAAAAGCAGAUGAGUUGCUUUCCAUUCAAAUGCAUGUUGAAAUACAAAUCCCAGAGGAUUAUACGGAAGGGAAUACUGUGGAGUCCUGGUUUGAUUGCACAUCUAAUUUUCCAGCACAGAAUUCCAUACAAGAGGACAAUAUUGACUACAAGAGACAAAACACAUCUUCUCAGAGGUAA